AUGCUGCCAUUUCAUUCUUCGUACAAGAAACUGUCCAUACCUGUUCUUGGCCUUGCCCUGGUGUUGUUGAUCAACUUUGCCUCUCUCACCAGUUCAUGUACAGAACAGGACAGGAGCUCCCUCCUAAAGUUCCUCAGGGAGCUCUCCCAGGAUGGUGGUCUUGCUGCGUCAUGGCAGGAAGGCACAGACUGCUGCAAGUGGGAUGGAAUCAUCUGCAGCCAAGAUAGGAUGGUCACUGAUGUUUCUGUGGCAUCCAGGAGCCUCCAGGGGAACAUCUCACCAUCUCUUGGCAAUCUCACUGGAUUGCUGCGCCUCAACCUGUCUCAUAACCUGCUAUCUGGUGACCUACCACAGGAGUUGAUGUCGUCCAGCAGUAUCAUCGUCAUCGAUAUCAGUUUUAAUCGGCUGAAUGUAGAUCUCGACGAGUUGCCACCUUCAACCCCUGACAGGCCACUGCAGGUACUGAACAUCUCCAGUAAUUUGAUAGCAGGAAAGUUUCCAUCCUCCACAUGGGUAGUGAUGAAAAAUCUGGUUGCACUCAAUGCCAGUAACAACAGCUUUAGUGGGCAUAUACCAGCUGAUUUCUGCACCAACUCGCCAUCCUUAGUUGUGCUUGAACUCAGUUAUAACCAUUUCAGUGGGAGCAUUCCUCCUGGACUUGGAAGUUGCUCCAGGCUCAGAGUCCUCAAGGCUGGCCACAACAACCUUAGUGGGACUAUCCCAGAUGAACUCUUCAAUGCUACCUCAUUAGAGAUCCUCUCUUUUUCAAGCAAUGAUUUACAAGGAACACUUGAGGGGGCAAAUGUUGCCAAACUUGGUAAGCUAGCUACCCUUGACCUUGGAGAGAACAACUUCAAUGGUGCCAUUCCGGAGUCUAUAGGUCAGCUUAAGAGAUUGGAGGAACUUCAUUUGAACAACAACAAAAUGUUUGGGAGUAUACCAUCAACCUUGAGCAACUGCACAAAUCUGAAAACCAUCGACCUCAAGAACAACAAUUUCAGUGGAGAGAUCAUCAAUGUCAAUUUCUCCAACCUACCAAAUCUAAAAACUUUAGAUCUGUUGUGGAACAAUUUCAGUGGUAAAAUUCCAGAAACAAUAUACUCAUGCAGCAACCUAACUGCCCUGAGGCUAUCUUUGAAUAAGUUUCAUGGCCAGUUAUCAAAGGGACUAGGCAAUCUGAAGUCCCUCUCCUUCCUGUCACUUGGUUACAACAACCUUACAAACAUAACAAAUGCACUACAGAUAUUAAGGAUGUCCAGCAACCUCACCACCCUUCUUAUUGGCAACAACUUCAUGAAUGAGAGAAUACCAGACGAUGAUAGCAUUGACGGCUUUAAGAAUCUUCAGAUUCUUGACCUAAGUGGAUGCUCUUUUUCUGGAAAAAUACCUCGAUGGUUAUCAAAACUCACAAGGUUGGAGAUGUCAUGCACGGUGCAGGAGAAGAGCUCCCUCCUCCAGUUCCUCUCCGGCCUCUCCAAGAAUGGCGGCCUCUCGGCGUCAUGGCGGAAUGGCACAGACUGCUGUUCAUGGGAAGGGGUCACCUGCAGUGCAGACGGGACGGUCACCGAUGUCUCCCUGGCUUCCAAGGGCCUCGAGGGGCAUGUCUCGCCGUCUCUCGCCAACCUCACCGGCCUGCUGCGCCUCAACCUGUCCCACAACUCGCUGUCCGGUGGCCUGCCGAUGGAGUUCAUGGCGUCCAGCAGCAUCGUCGUCCUUGACGUCAGCUUCAACAAGCUUGAGGGAGAGAUGCAGGAGCUCCCGUCUUCCACCCAACCCCGGCCUCUGCAGGUACUGAACAUCUCGAGCAACAGGUUUGCAGGACGGUUUCCAUCCACCACAUGGGAGAUGAUGAAGAGUCUGGCUGCACUCAACGCCAGCAACAACAGCUUCACAGGAGAGAUACCGAGUAAUUUCUGCAGCAGCUCGCCAUCCUUUGCAGUGCUUGCACUCUGUUAUAACCGUUUCAGUGGCAGCAUUCCCCCUGGAUUCGGUAAUUGCUCCAAGCUCAGAGUGCUCAAAGCUGGUAACAACAACAUCAGCGGGACUCUCCCGGAUGAUCUCUUCAAUGCUACCUCAUUGGAGUAUCUCUCUUUUCCAAACAAUGGGUUGUAUGGAGUAAUUGAUGGUACACUGUUAGUCAACCUCAGAAAUCUGGUUACUCUUGAUCUUGAAGGGAAUAGCAUAAAUGGCACGAUUCCAGAUUCUAUAGGUCAGCUCAAUAGGCUGCAAGAUCUCCAUUUGGGUAAUAAUAACAUGUCUGGGGAGCUUCCAUCAACCCUGAGCAACUGCACACAUCUCAUAACGAUUAACCUCAAGAGAAACAACUUCAGCGGCCAUCUUAGCAAUGUGGACUUCUCCAAGCUGCCGAAUCUGAAAACUUUAGACCUCUUGUUCAACGAAUUUGAAGGCACAGUCCCAGAAAGUAUUUACUCUUGCAGAAAUCUGGCUGCACUCCGGUUAUCUGGUAACAAUUUACAAGGUCAGCUUUCGCCGAAAAUCAGCAAUUUGAAGUCCCUUGCUUUCUUAUCACUUGGUUGCAACAACUUGACGAAUAUCAAAAACAUGCUAUGGAUCCUCAAGGAUUCUAGGAACCUCACCACCCUUCUUAUCGGGACCAACUUCCAGGGUGAGGCCAUGCCAGAAGAUGACACAAUUUAUGGUUUUCAGAAGCUUAAGGUUCUUUCCAUAUCUAAUUGCUCAUUGACUGGAAAUAUACCUUUUUGGCUCUCAAAGUUAGAAAAUUUGGAGAUGUUGUUUUUGCGAGAUAAUCGACUCAGUGGAACUAUACCUCCUUGGAUCAAAAGCCUAGAGUCGCUGUUCCAUCUAGAUGUUUCAAAUAACAGUCUUAUAGGGGGGAUUCCAAUUUCCAUAAUGAAGAUGCCAAUGCUAGUAACAAAGAAGAAUGCCACCCAUUUGGAUCCAAGGGUAUUUGAGCUGCCUUUAUAUAAAACUCCAUCCCUUCAAUACCGGAUAGCCAGUGCUUUCCCAAAAGUGCUGAAUCUAAGCAACAAUAACUUCAGUGGUGUGAUCCCUCAAGACAUUGGUCAGUUGAAAUCACUCGAUAUCCUCAGUUUAAGUUCAAACAGUUUAUCAGGAGAGAUUCCACAGCAGCUCGGCAACCUAACAAAUUUGCAGGUGCUAGACUUGUCUAAGAACCAUCUCACAGGUGCAAUCCCAUCAGCACUGAACGACCUGCACUUCCUCUCUGUAUUCAUUGUUUCUUACAAUGAUCUGGAAGGGCCUAUCCCAAAUGGAGUCCAGUUUAGUACAUUCACAAAUUAUAGCUUUGUCCCAGGGAACCCAAAGUUGUGUGGCUGUAUUCUUCAUCGCUGUUGUGGUUCAGCAGAAGCAUCACCCAUUUCCACAAAAAGUCACAGCAAGAAAGCCAUUCUUGCAACUGCAUUUGGUGUCUUCUUUGGAGGAAUUUUUGUUCUUCUAUUUCUGGUGGGUCUUCUUGCCACUGUAAGGGGUACAUAUUGUAUAACCAAAAACAGCAGUAGCGAGAAUGCAGAUGUAGAAGCAACUUCGCGUGAGUCUGAUUCAGAGCAAUCAUUAGUUAUAGUAUCACAAAACAAGGGAGAUAUAAACAAGCUCACAUUUGCUGACAUUGUGAAGGCUACAAAUAACUUUGACAAGGAGAACAUCAUUGGGUGUGGGGGCUAUGGGCUAGUAUACAAGGCUGACUUACCUGAUGGCACCAAACUGGCCAUCAAGAAGCUUUUUGGUGAGAUGUACUUGAUGGAGAGGGAAUUCACUGCAGAGGUUGAAGCACUUUCUAUGGCACAGCAUGACAAUCUUGUACCACUAUGGGGUUACUGCAUACAGGGAAGUUCAAGGCUCCUUAUAUAUUCUUACAUGGAGAAUGGGAGCUUGGACGAUUGGCUUCACAACAGGGACGAUGAUGCAAGCACAUUUCUUGACUGGCCUAAGCGGCUCAAAAUUGCCCAAGGAGCAGGCCGGGGACUCUCUUAUAUCCAUGAUGCAUGCAAGCCACAUAUCAUCCACCGUGACAUCAAAUCCAGCAAUAUCCUACUUGACAAAGAAUUUAAAGCUUAUGUUGCUGACUUUGGGCUAUCAAGAUUAGUCCUUGCCAAUAAAACACAUGUCACUACUGAGCUGGUUGGUACUCUCGGCUACAUCCCACCUGAAUAUGGACAAGGAUGGGUUGCGACACUGAAAGGUGAUAUUUAUAGUUUUGGAGUUGUCCUUCUUGAGCUUCUCACAGGAAGACGACCUGUCCCAAUCUUGUCUUCAUCCAAAGAACUUGUCAAGUGGGUACAGGAGAUGAAAUCAGAAGGGAAUCAGAUUGAGGUCCUGGAUCCAAUACUGCGAGGCACAGGAUAUGACGAGCAAAUGCUCAGGGUGCUGGAAACUGCUUGCAAGUGUGUCAACUACAAUCCUUGCAUGAGGCCGACUAUAAAGGAAGUAGUCUCCUGCCUGGACAGUAUAGACACCAAAUGGCAUGUGCAAAAUUCAGUCAGAACUUAGAUAUAAUAUGGUUAUACAGGAUUAUCUUGUAUUCAAGUGCACAAAGUAUAUGUAAUUCACAAGAAAAACUACUCCAGACUAAUCCUUUUGUACAGAUUUUUGACAGAUAAAGUUCUCCUGAACAGGGUAUUGUAUACCAUGAUGGGAAAAAUGGAGAGGUGAUGAUUUAUGAGCACAUAUCACCAAUGACUCUAUCCCCAGAAUGCUCAUUAUGAAUCUCAUAUAUGACUUUGAGGCUUGUUUGAAGGCUCCCAUUUGUAAUUAAAAAAGUUGUUAAACACAAAGCAAAGUGCAGAGUAACAAAGCAUUCAUAAUUAAAAAAAUG